UAUGGCCUUCCUAGACUCUCCCAUAAUAAAGACCAAUAAUACAAAAUGCUGUUGUUGUAAAAAAUGCCUGUAUGGUAUAGUUUAUCAUAAGUCAUAAAGGAAGUUCUUACGAGCUAGUCUCGACAGCUAGCUAGUUUGACAAAACAAGAUGUUAUCAAGUUCUGAUACAUCAGCAUCAUGUUCCAUGGUAUACCAGUUACCGGAGGUGUAGGAGGAGCUCCAGCCAAUAAACCUGAGUUAUAUGAGGAGGUGAAACUGUACAAAAAUGCAAGGGAACGAGAAAAGUAUGAUAACAUGGCAGAGUUGUUUGCUGUUGUCAAGACCCUGCAGGCCCUGGAGAAAGCUUACAUCAAAGACUGUGUCACACCCAAUGAGUACACAGCUUCCUGUUCCAGACUCUUGGUUCAGUUCAAGGCUGCUUUCAAACAGGUGCAGGGCUCUGAUGUAGGCUCCAUUGAUGAGUUCUGCAGGAAGUACAGACUUGACUGCCCGUUAGCCAUGGAAAGGAUUAAAGAGGAUCGGCCAAUCACCAUCAAGGAUGACAAGGGAAACCUGAAUCGCUGCAUUGCAGAUAUUGUUUCUCUCUUCAUUACUGUGAUGGACAAGCUGAGGUUGGAGAUCAGGGCCAUGGAUGAGAUCCAGCCAGACCUGAGGGAACUGAUGGAAACCAUGAAUAGAAUGAGCAACAUGCCUCCAGACUCAGAGGCUAAGGACAAAGUCAGCCUCUGGUUGACCAAGCUCAGUAGUAUGUCAGCCUCAGACGAGUUGGAUGAUAAUCAGGUGCGCCAGAUGCUGUUUGACCUGGAGUCUGCCUAUAAUGCCUUCAAUCGUUUCCUCCACUCAUCUUAAAGCAUCUGUCCAUUCAUCUGUUUGUUUAGAGCUCUGACUCCAGUACCUGCUAAGUUAAAAGAAACACUCAAAUUUCUCCUUCUGAUUAUUGGUAGGGAGUGUAUUUAUACCUGGACAUGUUUUCUGACUCAUGAAUCUAUACUUUUCCUUUCUCUCUUUACAUUUGUUCUGUAUGUUGUGUACAGUUCAGACUCCAUCACUUUGUAUAGUAUAGUAUAUAUCAUGCUGGCUGCAGCUUUGCCCCCUGGGCAAUUCCUAUGUGGUGAGAUGCUCCAUUGGCCUCUUUUCUAGCAAAACAUGAUAAAAACUUUAACAUUGGCUGUUUAUUCUGCCCUUCUUUGUACUGUAAUAGCAAAGAAGGUUUAACAGAGAAGUACGAUACAGUUAUAUUGGGCAAAUUCUGCACAUGAACAAGUUGCAGCAGUCAAAGCAUUUAUAUUAUUGGAAAGAUGAAUAAAUAUUUUUCUUUUUGGUACCAUAAGUGUAUUAACUAUCUGCCACCUAGGGACAGUUUUGGAGUUUUUGUUAUGUGUACCAUGAUUGUUUUCUAUUUCACAAGUUUUUACUGUAGAACUUAAAAUAGUGUUUAUCAAUAGAUUAAGUUAACCAAUAAAAUACAUCUGAAAUAAUAGUUUGGACUGUGAACAUGAUUUAGACUAUAAUUCAAAUUAAUCAUAAUACUGAACAUAAGGAGGGAGGACAUGGGUUAUUUCCAUUAUUUGUGUACAUUUUGUCUUCUGUUAUCAUGCCUGAUCCAAAUUUCUAUAGAAGUGAUGGGUUUUUUUCACAUUAAGAUUGGUGUACAUUCCUCCUUAUUUUACUUACUACAAAUGUUUCAACCCUCAAACACCAUUAGGGAAUACAUAUUAAGAUUUAUCUUUGUAAAUAAUAGUUUCAAUUUUUAAAUAAAAGCAUGUAUUAA